AAUCGGUGAAGUUUAAAUUUGGGUUAGAAGAUAUAGUUUUGAGUGCGGAGGAUUUGGAGGGUUCGAUCCCGCGCUGGGAGCAGUUCCCGAAACGGUGGGUUAUCGUGAUUCCAUGUUUUUCGGCAUUUUUUGCUGUGUAAUAUGGAUAGAGUAAAUAUCCAUGUCGGCAGAGUUCAGUUGGAGUCCAACUACUCUUGGUUUGAUACAAUCAUCUUUCUUCUGGGGUUACCUUCUUACUCAGAUUGCUAGUGGCAUAUGGGCUGACACGGUGGGUGGGAACCCUGGAAUCCUGACCUUCGCACAGAUCUAUUUUUUAGAUGAUUUGUCCCACGUCACAAUUUUGAUAA